AUGAAGCUUCCAUUUCUCUUCAAAUCCUCCGAAACAACCACCACCGCCGCCGCCGCCUCCUCCGCCCCUUCCUGGCGGUGGCCGGCCUGCGCCGCCCACCCCCGAACCCUCUCCUUCCGCUCCGAAGCCGCUGGAGACCGGAAAACCAUCCACAAUCACGACGAAGCUUCUUCUUCGCCCGAACCGCAAACCGCCAUGACAAUGCUGACAUCAUCCGAGAGAUUCUUUUUCGAGCCCGGGAGCUCGAAUUCCAUCCUCGAAGAAGCAAAGAAAACGGGCCCACGGCCCAGAAAAAGCGCGGUAAUUUUGGUUAUGUUAGAUUCCCACGACCCGGUUAGGGAUUUCCGAGCGUCGAUGGAGGAUAUGGUGGCGGCGCGGCGCGGCGGUUGCGAUUGGGAGUAUCUCGAGAAUCUUCUCGAGUGUUAUCUAAGGGAAAACGGCGAACGAAACCACGGAUACAUAAUCGGAGCUUUCGUCGAUUUGGUUUUCCGGCUCGACUCGGGGUCGGAAUCCUCCGCGGCGGCGGACGGGGAAGCUCGGCGCUCCUUCUCUUCUUCGACUCUUUCGUUUUCAUCGUCGUCGGCGGGAGUUUGA